CGUCACCGUAGAAACAGAAGAGCGUCCGCUUCCUCCUAGCAAGCUAACAGCUAACUGUGCUAACCAGCCGGAGCGCGUUGUCUGCGCGGCUUCGCGGCGUUUUCUGAAAACGUUUCUUAAACCGUGACCGAGUCGACGUGACCGCGGCCGUUAAACCGCCUCUUUUAUUUCCGCCAGCUAACAGUUAGCAGUUAGCUAGCUAACACGCUUAAACAAGGCUAACCGGCGGUAGCGCUAACAGGUGCUAUCUUAGCUGUGACCUCACCAGAGUCUGAGAACAUCGGCAGUGAGGAUGAAGCCGAUGGAGGAGGAGGAGGAGGAGGAGGAGGCGGCUGUGGUGGCAGAGCUGAGGAGGCAGCUGGAGGAUGAAGAGCGGAGCCCGGAGCAGAAGGUCAUCCUGCUGAACCACGGCUUAAACAAGGCUCUGAACUCGGCGGCGCUGCAGACAGACAGCCGUGUGUUGACUCGUGUCAAGUCUCAGUUGUAUCUGAGCGGCGUCCUGAGUCACUGCGUCCUCCUCCUCACUCUGGGGCCCAGAGGGCUGCGGGGCAACUGGGGCGCCGCCGCCACGCUCGCCCAGCUCGCCCAGCUCACCAGUUCCUGUUGUGUGGGGGCGGAGCCUGCUGAUCAGUCUCAGGCCUAUCACAGGCUGUUCCUGCCGUCUGUCGUGGACGGCCUCCUGUCAUUGGCCAGUCAGCUGAUGAGGCGGGCAGAGGUGAGACGCCGCGUCUUCAAAACCACAACGUAUCAGUGCAGUGUUGAAGGUCUGGAGUUAACCUAUCUGUCUGUGUGUGUCUGUGUGUGUCUGUGUGUGUCUGUUCUGUCUCUCUCUCUCUGUCUCUGUCUCUGCAGGGACUUUCUCUCCGGGCUGAGCGACCACUCCAUCCUGUUGCUCCUUAAUGAGGCCGUCGGCCAAUUAGCAGUCAGCGCUGACCCCUCGGUGGGCGGGGCCUCUGUCAGACUGAUCCUCCUCAUGGCCAGUCAGCAGGAGGCGCGGCUGCAGCCCCUCCUCCUCAGCUUCAGAGGUCUGGACAGCCUAUUGGACAAAGACUGGAGGGGGCGGGGCUUUGACCAGGACGUGGAUCAGCUGAUCGCACUCAUCCAGUCUGACUCGAGGAGUCGGCCCCAGGUGUGUGCUGACCGUGUGCGGGCGGCGUGUGUGAUCCAGGCGGCGUGGAGGUCGUAUCAGACCAGACGCAGAGUGAAGAGCCUGAACAGAGCCGUCAGUACGCUGCAGAGGAGAUACAGGGCGCGGAGGAGGCAGCAGCAGCAACAGAAGGAGGCGCAGCGAUGGGAGGAGGAGCUGAAGUAUCAGGUGUGUGUGAGACGUCAGCAGGCGAGACGGGAGUUCCACCAGAAACAGAGACGACUGCUGCAGCUCCUUCCUCCUGACCAGGUGCAGUGUUACCUGCAGGAGUGUGAGCGCCGGGCGGCCGUGCUGAUCCAGAGCUCUUGGAGAGGCUUCAGAGAGAGACGGCGUUACAACAACGACACACAGAGAGACACACACAGACGGCAGCAGGCCGCCAGGACGCUGCAGAGAGCGGUGCGUCACUUUCUACAGAAACGGCAAGCAGCAAAGGCCCCGCCCACCACGUCUUUCUGGAUUGGUCAGAGCGGUUUGACUGACAGCCGGAGGGCGGAGCUAAAGAGACAGGUGGAGGAACACGUCUGUCUACGUCCUUCGUCCUGUGUGUCCCGUCAGGAGUGUGAGCGCCUCCACGAGGAGGUGCAGCUGCUGCUGCUGUCGGAGCUGCAGAGAGGAGAGCGUCCGGGGAGGGAGGAGCAGAGGCUGGAGGCUGUGCUGGCUCACACACACACACAGCUGGAGCUGCUCCGAGAUGCCCCGCCCCUCUCGGUCGUCACGCCAACAGACGCCGACUCCUUCCUGAGCCCCUCGGGUCCCAUCGCCGCCCGUGCCCGUGACGCCCACAAUGCGGCGCUACAGGCCAGCAGGCUGCCCUGGUGGAGGACGCUGGGGGAGACGGCCGGCGCCGUGGACACAUUCAGCCCCUCCCACCUGCAGGAGCUGGAGGCGGAGCUAGGGGGACUGUUUGUGGGCGGGGUCAGUGAGGUGGACGGACUGAACUUUUAACCUUUAAGUACUGAUCUGUGCUGAGUGUCAGGUCGACCACAUGAGUCUAAAUAAAGUCAAACUGAUCUGUCA